UUAGAUCAGUAAGAGAAAUGGAAUAACAGACUAGCACUUGAGUUAAGACCCAAGAAUGUAUUUUUAUUAUUAUUUUAAACCUACACACAACAAAGGAGACGUGAAUAGGAGGAACUUCAGAUGAUUGGUUGGUGGAAUGUAAACUUGCAUAUGAUUGCAGAUGAGGGAUAAAUCACUAUAGCCAUGUCCCACGGUCUCAAGAAUGUUCUAGGAAAAUGAUAUGGCAACAUUCAUAAAAGAUAUAUAUAAAUUGUUGGUAUUAUGUUUAGCUGUUAAUUUGGGGACAAUCGGUUCAAGAAAAGUUUAUUAAAAGUUGAAAACGACGAAAUAUAAUAACAAUUCUGUACAGGUUAAAACUUUUCAGAAAUGACCAUUGUCAAGUUGUUUCAAAUACAAUUUAGAGAUCGAUCCAGUGUGGGAGCCAACUCAGGUAGAUCAUACGCUAUGAUCUGUCAUCUGAAUCUAUGCUGUGUAUUGCAAGCAAAUUAAUUGCAGAAAUGUAACCAACGUUCUAUAUAUUAUUGCCUGUGUUGUCGCUCACUAAUAAGGUGGGGACAGCGACAUGACUCCUGGAGGAGGUGGUAAAAAAAAAUAUUUGCCCCAAAAUGGCGCCGGAGACCUGCCUGUCCACUGGAAAACAAUAGAAACAGCACACAGAGAAAGAGUUUCAACGGCGGGUUUUCCACGGAUACUUUUCUUCUUUUUGUGGAAAACGGUGGUCUGAUUCAGACUUGGGUCGUGGGUUAUCGACGUGGACUAAAUUGUUAAAGAAAUAACUCUGAAGCCUGGGCAUCAUGCUUUGUCUAAACGCUGUCAAGCUGGCUAUUUAGCUAGCCCGGCUAAAGUUAUAGAUAUCCGUAGCUUGCAGUGCAUCGAGCCCGCUUAGCUGUUUAGCUUGCCCGGCUAGCCAGUCAUACGGGGGUAGCGGUUGGCUAGCUAGGCUACUUAGCUUGCAAUGCAGCUUAGCCCUGCUAGCCAUUGAUACACAGGGGUUAGCGAUACGCUAGCUAGUGACUGAGCUAGCCAGUUGUAGCUACUUGGAAGAAGGAUCAGCUGUUUGCGGUAGAACAGAUGCCAUAGAAACGCCUGACCAGAACAUUUGAUUCACAGUAAGUCGCGCUACCAUGGAGAGAGUUAGAUAGAGUAUUAUCAGCUCGGUUGUGUUUGAAAAGUUGACAUUUGUUGUUUGUGUAUUGUUGGUAUUUCUCGGUUAGUUUUAACCCUGUCAAGUUUGUGAUUGGAAGGAGCCAAUCAGUCUCCCGAGCUAGGGCUGGCUAACAAACAAGCUAACUAGCCUGGCUUGAUGUUAUAGCUAAUACUAGAGCAAAACAUAAACUUUAGGACAAGGGUCCAUACAUGGGUCACUUGACACGAUUCUUUAUCGUGGACGAGUCGGUGGUAGAAUCGGGUCAAAUUAUAUGGUGUAGCUUAAAAGGACUGAACUUUGUCGAUAUGUAAAAGUUCGGACUUUUUCCACACUCAGUCCCAACUUUGGAUUUUUAAGUGGAGGAAUGUGUUAGCAUAAUAGGCUAGCCUUGCGCCCAUUGAUUGGGUGGAAUAAUGGAACUGUAUUAAAUCAGUGCAUUGGAAAGUGGACUGAAAUAUUGGCCUGGGUUAGAUUGUUUGGAUACCUGUACAUUUGAUCGGUUGUACUAUGUCUGCGGGAUUUAGAUGUUUGUUGAGGGGGGUUUUGUAAAAGGCUCUGGGGUUGCACGGUGUCUGCAAACGGCACUCCAGAGAAGGGCUAUAGCUGCUCCUCAUAUAAGUUAUAAAAAAUGUGAUUCGUAGUAAUUGAUAUGUCAAAACGGGAGCUGGAAUUGCUCUAGCGAUUUGCAUUUUCCUUCGUGGCUGGUAACUUCUCUCGUGACUAAAGGCCAUUAGCAAGACAAAGGUUUACUCUAUGAAGCCAGCAGAAGAUUCUUUGUAAAGGGCGAGGGGGUGUAGACGCCCAUACUGAAAAGAGGCAAAUUCAGCAUUUUAUGCACGAAUCCUGAGCCGGGAGUUUUCAACAAUCUGUAUUGAUGAUGUCGGAUUAUGUUGCACCGCGGCACAGCGCGGUGAUGGAGCGCUUACGCCGGCGAAUCGAGCUCUUUCGGCGGCACCACAACGGCUGCGAGAACCGCUAUGAGAACACGGCGCUGGAGAGACUGGAGCUGGAACGACAGCAGACGUUCGCCCUGCACCAGCGAUGUCUGCAGACCAAGGCCAAGCGAUCGAAUAAGCACAGGCAACCCCCGCAAAGCAGUGAGCAGGCGGUACAGAGGGGGCCUGGGACCGUGGGGAGCAACUCCGACCUGGGGGACGGUGGAACGCCAGGGGAGCAAAGCAGGAAUAGCACACUAAUAGCGCUGCAGGAAACGGUGAAGAGGAAGCUGGAAAGCGCUAGCUCGCCGCUGGGACGAGAGCAUGCCAACGGCUUCAGCGAGGGCUUCCCCCCCACCAAGAAGGCCUGCCUGGACAACGGCGCGGCCAACGGCAGCCUGCCCCCCCGCUCUCCCCUCGACUCCAAGCUCAGGAUAGCCGACUCGCUGGUUUCCAAUGGCAACCGCGUCACGGGCGGCGACCCCGGCGACGGCGCCCGGGCGGCCGACCUCCACCACCACCACCACCACCACCAGCACCGCCACCACCACGACUUCCGCCUGAAGGAGAUGAAGCAGGAGCCGGACGACAUCCUGCCCUGCAUGCUGCCCUCGGGAGGGGGAGCCACCAACAGCCUCUUCCCCGACCUCAACCUCAACGAGCAGGAGUGGACGGAGCUGAUGGACGAGCUGAACCGCUCGGUGCCGUACGAGGACAUCCAGGACAUCCUCAACGACGGCUUCGAGGACCGGAAGGACGCGCCCGACCUGCCCCCGGCCCGGCCCGGCCCCGGGGCCGGCGGCUGCGCGGCGGGGUCCUCCGGGGGAGGCGGCGGCGGGCCGGGGGCCCCCGGCCAGCAGAACCCGGUCCUCAUGCACCCCGACCUCGCCAGCGUCAAGGCCGAGUUCUCCCCGGCGUCGGCCGCCUUCGAGCAGGACGCCUGCACGGGGCCCCCCCACGCCAGGCCCACCUCGUCGGGCCCGCCCCCGCGCCCCACCAGCUCGCCCGUGGCCUCCUCCCCCGCCCUCCCCCAGCAGGCCCCCCCCAGCAGACAGCUCCUCACCCCUGGGGCCCAGGUCCCCAAAGACCUCUCCCCCGCCCAGCAGCUCCAGCAGCUGGCCGCCCAGCAGCAGAGAGUCCAGCACCUCCAGAACCAACUCCAGCAGAAUCAACAGCAGCAGCAUCAGCAGCAUCAACAACAGCAUCAACAACAACAACAACAGCAGCAUCAACAACAGCAGCAGCAGCAUCAACAGCAGCAGCAGCAGCCCAAGUUCCACCCCCACCCCCCCUCAUGGCCCCAGUCAGCCAACCCUUCCCAGAGCCCACUAGGGGGCGCCUUUGGUAUGGACAAGCCUAGUAGCCCCUCGCUGUACCCCAACGACUUCAUCCCCACCGCGCCCAAGCAGCUGCUGAUGCCCGGGCAGCCCAACAAGGGCUCUCCCAAGGCGGGGGCGGGGGGCUACAUGCAGGGGGCCGGCGGCCACCCCAACAUGCUGAACCACCCGUCGUCCGGGGGCCCUCUCAGCCACCCCCCCACGGUCAGUGCCCAGGCCGCCGCAGCCAUGCUGAGCUACAGCAACACCAAGCCCCUGUCCCACUUUGAGGCGGCGGGCUCCGGGCCGGCCGGGCCCGGGGGGGCCCCCAACGCCCAGAACAAGGCGGCUCUGCUGACCUUCAUCAGACAGCAGCAGACCAAGCAGAAGGCCCCCUUCCGGCCUCACCUGCCCCACGCACAGCAGGACCAGAACACGUACCCCCCCGCUCCGCACGGCCCCGGCCCCACCAAUGCCAUGGCAACCCUCCAGGGAGGCAGCACCAUGGCAACGCCGACCGGCGGCAACGCCAUGACGGGUAACCACGGCAACGCAUCCUACCUGAGCAACCAGGCUGCAGUGGCUGCUGCUCUCAAACAACAACAACAACAACAGCAUCAACAGCAGCAGCAUCACCAACAGCAGCAGAUGCAGAUGAUGGAGCAACAGAAGCAGUACAUGCUGGGUCAGCGCCAACUACUGGCUGAACAGGAGAAACAGCGACAGCAGCAGGACCAACAGCUCCAGAGACACCUCACCAGGCCCCCGCCCCAGUACCAGGACCAGGCCGGGCAGACCACCGGGCAGAACCCCUUCCAGCAGCAGGUCAACCCCUUCACAGCUUCCUCUCAGCCAAUGGGAGGCGUUGGUGCCAUGGGAGGCCCCGCCCCCGGGACCCAGCGGAUGUUCCCUCAGAACCAGGGCAUGAUGGGGAUGGGCCUGGGGGGCCAGGGGGGCGGGCCCGGGGCAGGCGUGGCCCCGCCCCCCGGCGCCCCCCCGGCUGACCUCAGCCUGCCGUCGUGUGGGGGGGGCGGGGCCCUGGACGUGCAGCAGGUGCUGUACAACAGUAUGAACAUGCACCCCUCGCAGCAGGGCAGCAUUCAGAGACAGCCGCUGGGGCCCAUGAGCGCCGCCUACAGGCAGAGCCUGCUGGCGCAGCAGCAGCAGCACCUGAAGAACCAGCCCCCCGCCGCCCUCCUCAAGCAGCAGCAGCAGCUGGCCCCCCCCCGGCUCCCCGGGGCCAUGGCGGCCGGCCUGGGGGGCCCGAUGGCCGGCGGCCUGCAGAGCGUCCAGAGCCAGGGCUGGCAGCAGCAGCAGCAGGCGGCCUCCAGUAACGGGGGCUUGGCGCCGGCCUUCUCCGGCCCCCCCCUCCCCUUCCAGAUGCAGCAGCCCCGCGGGGCCAAGAUGCCGUCGGGCGCGGCGCCCUUCGGGGCCCCCCCGGGCGGCAGGCCCCUGGGGCAGCAGAUGAUGCAGGCCAACAUGGCCGGCCAGCAGCCUCAGCAGCAGGCCGUCCAGGGCCAGCCCAUGCUGCCCGACCUGGGGGGCUUCGGACAGCCCCAGGGCGGCGGGCGCCAGGCCCUGCAGUGUAACCAGGGUUACCAGGUCACCCGGACGCUGAACCAGCAGCAGCAGCAGCUGUCGUUCGGCUACGGCCCGGCGGUGGCCAGCGGCGGCCUGCCCAGCUUCCCGGGGGAGAGCGACCUGGUGGACUCCCUGCUGAAGGGCCAGAGCACCCAGGAGUGGAUGGACGACCUGGACGAGCUCCUCAACAGCCAGCACUGCUCGGACCCCCUCCCCUGAGCCCCCUCCC